AUGGAUUCAAUUGACUAUAAAGAAGCAAGAUUCAAAUUUUAGGGAAUUAGAAAGCACUUUUUUAAGGAUGUAACCUAUCACAUUACGGUUUUUGAUGACAUAGUAACGAUAGGAGCAACACCAGAUUGCCCCAAUCCUAAAUAUAGGAUUACACUCAAUCUUGAUACAAAAAUUAACUGGGAGAUAAACAAGAAUAGAUAAGAAUUGGAGUACUUUGAAAUCGAUUAUUAAACGGGAAAAAAAAUUUUCCACGCAUAAGCAAAGGACCUCUUAAAAUUUAAAGAAAUUCUCACAGGAAAGGUGAUGUUUGAGGGCAUCGGAGACUUAUUUAAACCCAUAUUUUAGGUCGGUAAAGGUAGUUCAGCAAAAGUGUACAGUGCAAGAAAUGUUUUAGAUAAAAGAGUUUAUGCAGUUAAGGCAAUCUAAAAGUCUUUUUUGCAGAAUUAAGAGCAUGGCGAUGGAAUGGCAUUUUAAUCUGAAGUUCAAAUCCUAAAAACAUUAUCACAAUAUGAGUAAAAUUUCUUGGUUUUGAAGGAAAUCUAUGCAGGUGACAGCACCUUUUAUUUAGUAACUUCUUAUUUGGAGGGGUUGAGUUUGACCGGAGAAUUAGAAAAAGCAAAGACCUUGCCUGAGAAACGAUUGCCAAUUCACAGUAUAAAAAUGAUAAUGUGGAAAUUGCUCACCAAUUUAAAGAUUCUCCAUUCCCAUAGAAUAAUUCAUCGAGACUUAAAACCUGAUAAUUUAAUGUUUGCUAGAAAAAACGAUUAUUCUUCGUUGAUUUUGGUAGAUUUUGGUCUUGCUACUUCAGAAUUACAAGAAAAAUAUUUAUUUCGAAAGUGUGGCACACCAGGUUAUGUAGCCCCUGAAGUAUUAAGUUCAAGAAAUGGUUAAAAGUACAAUUGUAGAGUUGAUAUCUUUUCUGCUGGCUGUAUACUCUAUAGAUUACUCACGGGACAAAGUUUGUUUCAAGGGUAGAAUUUUGAGGAAGUUUUGAGAUCAAAUCGACACUGUCAUAUGAAUUUAGAAUUGCAUUAGGAUGGGAAUUAUAUAACAGAAUAAUCAUUAGAUCUAUUAAGAAAAAUGUUGAAUAAAAAUGGAAAGAAUAGAAUCAAUGCUAUCUAAGCAUUACAGCAUCCUUUUGUUGAUUAAAAUAGUGAAUUUAGUACCUAAGCAAUAUAGAAUUCUAGCUAAUAAUUGAUAAAGAAUGUCAUUCAUCAAUUAAAUCUUGCUGAACUUGAGUCAAAAUACAACAGUCAAAUUGAAAUUGGGGAUGAAAAGAAUUCUAGAAUUAAUGAUCUAAAGAAAUAUUCUUCAAUAACUGAAGUGCAAUAUUAUUAGCUGUCACUGUCAGCCAAAAGAAGUAGUAGUUAAUUUUCUGGCACAUUCUUUUAGAAGGAACCAUUAUCCGUAAUGCAUACAUUAAAAUUAUAAUCGGAAUAACCCCUGAAGAACAGUAACUCACAACAUUCAGCUUCAUAAUUGUGA